ACCAGAAUGCAAAACUAAACCAACCAAACCGUUACUUUAACAGCCGUCACACACAAAAGGAACCGCCACACACACCAACAAAAUUUCACGAAGAACUCCACUGUUGAUUUCAACUCGUUCUCAACAUGGGCACUGAUUCGAUGGGAAGCGAAGGGUACUCUCCGUUGAAGGAUUUGAGAUUGGAAAUUGAAGUAAAGGAGAGAACUUUCUCUCUUUGCUUUUGGGUUUACUUGAUGAACUCCACCACAUUCCCUGCUACCAUUAUUCAACAGGUCUACUCCGAUAUAUCUCAAAGUGCUCCUUUUCUUGUUAUUAAUGAGAAUAAGAGAAUCAAUAUUUUACCAGUUCUUCAUUUACAUGAGGAAGCUCCUGAUAUUGGCAAUAUAAGUUCCUGGACAGAGGUUCCACAUGCAACUGCUGAUUUUGAGUUUCCUUUGGAAAAAUGGGUUCAUGUUGGAUGUGAGGUUUGUCCAAAUCAUAUCCAGCUUCAGAUUAAUGGAGAGAUUGUAGGAAAAAAGUCUCUGUCUUCCUUAUUAAAUAAGGAACCUAAUUCAAGUGAUUUGAGGAAAAUAACUUUGGCCAAUGUUGGUGGUGAUGGAAAUAGUGUGCAUGGUUAUGUGCACAAUUUUGAAGUAUUCCCUAUUAUUUCUCCUGUCAAGGAUCACCAUUUAAAGAACCCUCCUCUGAAGCUAACAAUUGAUGAAUCAUCUGCAUCUGAGAUUGAAGAAGAAAGUGACGGUGUUUGGGGCAUUGUUGGUGGCAAGGCAUCUUGUCGCAGGAACUUCUCCUUGGAUGUUGUUCUAUCAGAUGGCUUUGGAGAUCCCGUAGAUAAGGAGAAUGAGCAGGUUUUUGCUUCACUUUUGUAUGCUGACACCCGGGCUCCGGUGGAGAAAACAAUUGAUGAAGAAGCACCACUUUUGGUUAGCUAUGAUGGAAUUGAAUUUUCUUCUGGUGAAAGACCAAGUAAAAUUUUACUGGGGCGUGCAUCAUUUAAGCUCAAAAUAUCUCAGCUUUCUUCUAAGUGUGAUAACAGGUUAUUCCUCAUCAGAUUUUGUGUUCCAAAAUUAGGAGAUUUUCCUUUUCUUGAGACAUUCAGCCGUCCAAUUCGAUGCAUCUCUAGGAGCCGCAACACUAAAUUAUCCACUCUGGUGUGGAAAAGGCCAACUUCUGCUCUUCAUCAACUUAGUUUAUCACAAUCUUCAGCAAUGGUUGAUGAGUCUUUGGAACAUAUGCAAUGUGGUCUUGAAUCAACAGCCAAUCCAUUAGUGAAGCGGUUUAGAGUUGGACAUGACAAGAUAUCUGUAUCAGUGCAACCUGAUGAGGAAUGUAAUUCUCAUGUAUGGACUGCUAAUCAGGUUCAGAAUGAGUUUCCAACCAGCAUGGAUGCGAGGCCUACUAAAUUUGAUGAAGCCGAUGACUCUCCAUCUGACUCAGAGAGUAUAGGGGAGAGAAAUUCACCUUCGAAUAAUAUGGCAAGUAGAAGAUAUCCAAUAUCGGAUAUGACCAUUUUCAAAUACUGCCUGGCAGGCUUGGCUGAGAGAUCUCUCAUGCUAAAGGAAAUAGCUUUCUUUUCUUCUGGCAACGAAAUUUUGGAGUUGGCUCAUCACGUGUCACUCUAUUCAGGAUGUUCACACCAUGGAAACCAAAUAUUACUAGCCAAGAGAUUGAUAGAAGAUGGAACUAAUCUUUGGAAGGUAUUGUCUCCAAACAACCACCACGUUUCAUGGGAGAGUGCAGUCUAUGAGAUUGAAGAGAAAUUCAUGAAGAUUGCUUCUUGUGAUUCAAGAUCUCUCUCACAUCAGGACCUAGAGCUUCUGAGAAGGAUUGCUGGAUGUCAAGAGUAUCUGACACAGGAGAGCUUUGAGAAAUUGUGGUGCUGGGUGUACCCAGUAGCUUUUACAAUAUCGAGGGACUUGAUCAAUCCUAUCUGGAAUUCCGUAGCACCUAAAUGGAUAGAAGGAUUGAUUACUAAGGAGGAGGCCGAAGCUUCACUUCGAGGUCCUGCAGGAUUUCAAGAACCCGGUACCUUCACACUCCGAUUCCCCACUUCAAGAAGCUGGCCCCACCCAGAUGCAGGUUGCCUAAUUGUGACUUACGUUGGCAAUGACUACAAAAUUCACCACAGAUUACUUUCUAUGGAUCAUGCUUAUGGCUCUGGUGAUAAAAGAACUGACAUGAAACCGUUGCAAGAUAUGCUGCUGGAAGAACCUGAACUGUCUCGGUUGGGAAGGAUAAUAAGAAGUCAUUAAGCAACACCAAGUGCAGAAUGUCCAGUUACUUUUAAGGUUGUCUUCGCAAGAUAGACUCCAAAAGGAGAAUGUAGAAGGUUGUGCUUGAAUUAUGCUAAUGUGUUUUCCAUUUAACAUGUAAAUAUGUAAAGAAAGUGUUCAGGGAUGAUAUUUUUAACAUUAACAGCGAUGAUCAUUGUAUGGGUCAAUAUUCAUUUAUAUGUAACAGCCACCAAUCAAAGCAUCACUUUUGAGUUUUUA